UGGUUUCGUAUUCUUCAGGACAACCUCCUUCCUCGAACCAGCGAUGACGUUGGGUUUGCGACUCUGGCGCUUCGUUUCUCUGGAAGACAGAGUCAUCUUCUUGAUAUUCUCUCAGGGACGACGGGAGCACUCCGCGUUGGCGAGUCUACCCUGUGCUCAGAAUCGCGUCAACUCGGACCUUGUUGUGAGCCGCUGGGUCAUCUCGCAGAAGAACGUACGGUGCACGCGCUCAUCGGGCUGCCAGUGUACGUCGUCGCAGCGUCUCGUCACAUCGUCAUCGUGGUCAGGCGACGUCCUUGACUACGCCCCCACUGACGCACUGGACGGAAGUCGCGUCUUGGUUUUCCUGCUCGAGACUGCUCGCGGCGCGGCCGCCAUCGCCCAGAAACCUCGUGAAGAACCUAGGAAGCGCCGAAUGACCUGAUCUUCCGGAAGCAUUACGUUGCGGCGACGCUACCUCCACAUUCUUGGGUCCUUUGUGCAAGCUAGAGGUGCCAGACCAAGAAUCUAGACGUGCUCGCGCCGCCGUUAAUGGCAAAAGUGGCAUACAACGCGCGUAGAUCUGGUGAGCACCAUCGCAAUG